AUGAUACUGCUUCAUAAUGUGGACUGGUUCACCUCAGCUGACACAUUCAGCAGCAGACAGGUUUUUGUACGAGUCUUUUUCACUGUGGGAGGCAGAUGGAACGAAUGGUACUACAUCUUUGGCUCUGGAACUAAACUGUUUGUAGGUGAGCAGGUAGUGAAGCCCGUGGUGAGCGUGUACCCAGCAGCACCCAGAGCCCACCUGGAGGGGAAGAGCUCCCUGCUGUGUCUGGUCUCAGCCAUGUUUCCUCCUCUGGUCCGCAUCUCCUGGAAAAGACGAAAGGAGAACGGUCCUCUGGAGGAGCUGCCCCCUGCUGAGGGAGAGCAGCUGGAGCUCAGAGAGUCGGGACACACCGCCGCCAUCUUGCUGCUCCGUCAGCAAGAGAGCAGCACGUAUAAAUACCACUGCUACGUAUUUAUAGUGGAGGCCCCAACAGAACAAGAGGUUCCAGCUCCAGCAGCCUCCUGUCCUCCAGAGAGAGAGCCAGCAGACCUGCUAGCUCUGCAGCAAGCUGACUGGUCCUUCCAGUCUCAGUGCAGGGUGAAGCUGCUCUGCCUGCUGUACACAGUGCUGACAGUGAAGAGUCUGGUGUUCUGCUGUGGAAUCGUUCUGCUGAUGAUCCUCAGAAACAAGGGACCGUCUACCAACUGCACACAUGCUGACUGACUGUUUUCUGCCUUUUCUCACCAUCAAAUCUCAUCAAUUCAUCUCAUUCAUCACGCUGAUCAGUAUUCACAAAUAUCAAUGAUGACGUGUUUUGGUUGUUAUG